AUCCAAAAUGACCACCUACUUCAACUACCCCGCCCCCGCCCUCCAGGAGGAGCUGCGCAAGAUUGCCCAGGCCAUCGUCGCCCCCGGCAAGGGCAUCUUGGCCGCCGAUGAGUCCACCUCCACCAUGGGCAAGCGCCUCCAGGACAUCAAGGUGGAGAACACCGACGAGAACCGCCGCAAGUACCGCCAGCUGCUCUUCACCACCGACCCCAAGCUCGGCGAGAACAUCUCCGGCGUGAUCCUGUUCCACGAGACCCUGUACCAGAAGACCGACGACGGCACCCCCUUCGUCGAGCUGCUGGCCAAGCGCAACAUCAUCCCCGGCAUCAAGGUCGACAAGGGUGUCGUUGACCUCAUGGGCUCUGAGAACGAGUGCACCACCCAGGGUCUCGACGACCUGGCCCAGAGGUGCGCCCAGUACAAGAAGGACGGCUGCCACUUCGCCAAGUGGCGUUGCGUUCUCAAGAUCGGCAAGAACACCCCCUCCUACCAGGCCAUCCUGGAGAACGCCAACGUUCUCGCCCGUUAUGCCUCCAUCUGCCAGGCCAACCGCAUCGUCCCCAUCGUUGAGCCCGAGGUUCUCCCCGAUGGUGACCACGACCUGGACCGCGCCCAGAAGGUCACAGAGACCGUCCUGGCCGCCGUGUACAAGGCCCUGAACGACCACCACGUCUACCUUGAGGGAACCCUCCUGAAGCCCAACAUGGUCACCCCCGGCCAGUCCUGCCCCAAGAAGGCCACCGCUCAGGAGAUCGCCUGUGCCACCGUCACCGCCCUGAACCGCACCGUGCCCGCUGCCGUGGCCGGUAUCACCUUCCUGUCUGGCGGUCAGUCCGAGGAGGAGGCCUCCGUCAAUCUGGAUGCCAUCAACAAGUUCAAUGGCAAGAAGCCAUGGCCCCUUACCUUCAGCUACGGCCGUGCCCUCCAGGCCUCCGUGCUCCGCGCAUGGGGUGGCAAGGACGAGACUGUUGCUGCCGGUCAGAACGAGCUUCUGAAGCGUGCCAAGGCUAACGGUGAUGCUGCCCUGGGCAAGUACGCUGGUGGUGUUGCUGGUGCCGCUGGUGACAGCUCACUAUUCAUCAAGGAUCACGCCUACUAGAUACCUUACUCUUUGUGUGCCAUUGCUGUGGCCAUUUCCUGCUUUCCGGUACUUUGUCUACACCACGAAGCUCUUCUGUACAUAUCGUGCUCCUCGUGCGAAAUUGUCUAAUAGAAUUAUGAAAACCAUUUUGAAGAGGCGUAGUAAUAAAAGUAGUUUCGGAAAUGCGUAGGAUUCUAGAAUCCAUCUGAUAUUAAUUCAAUGGUAUUCAACUUACUAGCGCAAUUGGUUACUCGAAGUAAGUGAAUAUUCCUGUCUUAAAUCUAUUGUCUCUCUCUAUUCUAUCUUCUUCUCCUUUUUUGUUAAGUUUCACUAGUUCAAAGCCAUGUUAUUUAAUUUCUGGUACUAGUCUGAUAGGUUGUACCAUGUGUUAUGAACACUGGUGCUUUCUUUUUUUAUUAUUGUGAAGCUGGUUGAGGCAAAUGAGAUUAAAAGUAGAAAAGUUGUAAAUUUUAUGUAAACGAUGUUAUGGGUCACUGUACACUCCUGUUUUGAAGACUCAUAAUGAAGUAUUAUUUUUGUUGAUGAAUUUUGCCAUGUUGUUUGAGAGUGGAGUGCAGUAUUUUUGUUAUUAUUGUGAAUUGUUGAUGUGUGCGCGGCUAGUCGUCGAUGGUUGUGCAACUGUGUACAUCCAGGUUUUACUCUAUGUACUUGACAAUGAUGCAAUAAAGCCUAAAAUACGAAAAUUGUA